CAAUGUGACUACUUUUUUUUCCAGAAGUAAAUGAAUAUUCAGGAUGGCACCUAUUUUGGAGUGGAAGAAAAUUAUGAGAGUAGAUCCUGAUGCUUUGCCUCGUCAGGAGGACCUAGCAGAUAGUUUGCUUGAGACUGUGGCCAAGGUUGAUGGUAAUGCUUUGAAAGAUGAGACUUCUUCACAUUUAAUUCAACUUUUUAAAAUUUCUCAAUCACUAAUGAAGAUGAAAAACCAAGAAGUAGAACUGGCUCUGGAAGAAGUUGAGAAAGCUGGAGAAGAGCAAGCUAAAUUUGAAAAUCAAUUAAAAACUAAGGUGAUGAAACUAGAAAAAGAAUUAGAGAUAGCACAGCGAUCCACUGGAAGCCGUGAUACUCGAUUUCUGCGUGAUGAAAUUCGCCAAUUGGAAAAACAGUUGUCACAAAAAGACAGAGAAUUAGCAGACAUGGAAAAAGACCUAGACAAAGAGAAGAAAGUUAAUGAACAGCUUACUCUUCGAAAUGAAGAAACAGAAAAUGAAAACAGCAAAUUAAGAAGAGAGAAUGAGCAGCUUCAUCAGGAUGUUAUUGACUAUCAGAGACAAUUAGAAACACAAAAGGAAACACUUCUAUCAAGAAGAGGAGAAGACUCAGAUUACAGAUCACAGUUAUCAAAAAAGAAUUUUGAGCUUGUUCAAUACCUAGACGAAAUUCAGAAUUUGACAGAAGCUAAUGAAAAGUUAGAAGGACAAAACAAGGAAAUGAGGAAGAAUUUAGAAGAAUCUGUGCAAGAAAUGGAGAAUAUGACUGAUGAAUACAAUAAAAUGAAAUUUAUGGUGCAACAGUCUGAUAUUGCCAUGGACCAGCUAAGAAAGGAAAAAGAGCAAUAUAGACUACAGGUGCAUGAGCUGACAGACCAACUUAAAGCAAAGAAUGAAGAGGAUGAUCCACUUAUGAUAGCUGUAAAUGAAAAAGUGGAGGAGUGGAAGAGAAUUUUGGCUUCCAAAGAUGAUGAAAUAAUUGAAUAUCAGGAAAUGUUGUUGACUCUGAAAGAGAAGCUGAAAAUGGCCCAGUUGGAUUCUGACAAGAGCAAUGUUCUUGCCCUCCAGCAGGGUGUGCAAGAAAGAGACAGUCAGAUCAAAUUGCUCACUGAACAGAUUGAACAAUAUACAAAGGAGAUGGAGAAAAAUGUAUUGAUCAUUGAGGAUAUGAAAAGAGAACUCCAGAAAGAUAAAAGCCGGCUAUCGAUUAGUCAACAGGAUCUUUUUGGGGAAAUGCAAGGAAAGUUACAGAUGCUGGAAGAGAAAGUCAAGGAUAGUGAAAGGACAGCAGAACUUGCAGAAGCAGAUGCAAGAGAAAAAGACAAAGAACUUAUUGAAACUCUGAAGCGAGUGAAAGAUUAUGAAACUGGAAUAUAUGGCCUGGAAGAUGCUGUUGCUGAAAUAAAAGGUUUAAAAAAGCAACUCAAAAUAAGAAAUAGUGAAAUUGAAACAUUAAUUAAAGAAGUUAAUAAACUUGCAUUUAAAAUCAAUGAUCUUCUUGAUGAAAAUGAAGAUCUUCGGGAACAACUAGGGCUUGAUCCAAAAACAAUGAUUGAUUUAACUGAGCUGAAAAAUAGCAAAGCAUUAAAGCAACAACAAUACAAGGCUGAAAAUCAAGUCCUGCUGAAAGAGAUUGAAACAUUAGAAGAAGAAAGAGUUACUCUGAAACAACAGAUCCGUAAAUUAGCUCAGGAGAAAGGAAGAAAAGCUGCAAUUUUAGGACUGGACACAGAUGAUCUACAGCUGAUUGAUAAUUUCACUGAAGAUUUAAAGAUGAAAAGAGAGAGAUCUGAGUUAAUGAGUACAUCUAACUUUGAUAAACUUAAAACCAAGGAAAUGGCAACUUUCAAGAUAGCAGCAUUGCAAAAAGCAUUGGAUGAUAGUGUACCUCUAAAUGACCUUGAAAUGGCUAAUAAACAAUAUAAUGACUUAACUGCUAAAUACAGGGAUAUGCUUCAAAAAGAUAACUUGCUUAUUCAAAGAACAAACAAUAUGGAGCACCUAGAGCAUGAGAACACAUCUCUGAAAAAUCAGAUAGAAUCUUUAAAUAAGGAAUUAGAAAUUACAAAAGAGAAACUUCAUACAAUUGAACAAGCCUGGGAACAAACAGUGAAACUUGGAGACAAUACUACAGACAAAGCUACAAAAGCAAUAACCAACAGUGAGAUUGUUUCUAUUUCUAAGAAAAUUACUAUGCUUGAAAUGAAGGAAUUAAAUGAACGACAGAGAGCGGAGCAUUGUCAGAGAAUGUAUGAACACCUACGAAAUACAUUAAAACAAGCAGAAGAACGUAACAUUGAACUGGAAGCAAAAUUUGCUGAGCUUACAAAAAUCAACUUUGAAGCACAGAAGGUAGAACAAUCUUUGCGAGAUGAACUGUCAAACAGUGUGAGUAAAGGAAUAAGUGAGGUGGAUAAACGUCGAAUAAUGGAGCUAGAGAAAAGUGAAACUGAACUCAAGAUUGAGAUAUCAAAGUUAAAGGAGCUUUCUGAUAUUGCUAAGACACAAGUUACUGCACUGGAGAAUCGGCAACAAUCCAGAGAUAAAGAAGUGGAAUCACUCAGAAUGCAGAUUUUGGACUAUCAGGUACAAUCAGAUGAAAAAACACUUAUUGCAAAAUUACAUCAGCAUAUUGUGGCUCUUCAGGUUAGUGAGGCUACAGCUAUAACUAAGUUGGCAGCUGCAACAUCAAAACUUCAGAACACAGAGAUCACUAACAUGCGCUUAGAGCAAAAAUUGGAUGACAAAGAGCAAGCAUUAUAUUAUGCAAGACUCGAAGGAAAAAAUAGAGUCAAACAUUUACGCCAAACCAUUCAGUCAUUACGGAGGCAAUUUAGUGGUGCUUUGCCCCUAGCUCAACAGGAGAAGUUCUCCAAGACUAUGAUUCAACUGCAGAAUGACAAACUUAAAACUAUGGAAGAUAUCCAGCAAGCUCAGCAGGAACGUCGAAAUGCAGAGAACAGAGCAGUGGAGUUGGAGAUGAAAUUAAAAGGAAUAGAAGAACUAGUAGCCACUUUAAAAGACGCAAGAGGAGCACAAAAGGUAAUUGAGUGGCAUGUAAAAAUUGAAGAACUUCGCCUCCAAGAACUUAAACUAAAUCGUGAAUUAUCCAGGAAAAAUGAGGAGAUUAAAUAUUUAAAAAAUAUCCUCUCUGAAUAUGAAGAGACAAUCAAUCAUUUGGAAGAAGAAAUUGUUCAGCAGGGCCAGUUUCAUGAGGAGCGACAGAUGGCCUGGGAUAAAAGAGAAGUAGAAUUAGAACGUCAGCUGGAUAUAUAUGACAGUCAGAAACAGGACAUAUUAAGUACAGCUCAGAAGUUUAAUGAAGCUGCAGGUACAGUUCCAGAUCCUACCUUGUCUCUUCCACAUCAACUUGAGCAAGCUCUUAAAACAGUUAGAGAACAAAGUCGAACAAUUCUGGAAAUGCAAGCCACCUGCAAAUCUGUAGAAGAGAAGCUAAAAGAAAAAGAAGCCACUUUGUGGAAAGCAGAGCAAAACAUCCUGUUACGAGACAAAGUCAUAAAUGAACUAAGAUUGCAAUUGCCAGCAUCAUCUGAGAGAGAGAAAUUGGUAGCGCAGCUAGAUCAAAUUGAUGAUAAUACAAACCCCCAUGCUCUGAAAAUUGCACACCAGACCAUUGCAAAUAUGCAAGCAAGAUUAAAUCAGAAAGAAGAAAUUCUGAAAAAGUACCAACAUCUUUUGGCCAAAGCACGAGAGGAACAAGAAGAAAUUGCAAAGAAGCAUGAAGAGGACCUCAGAGUUCUGCAUCAGAAAUUAGAUGUACAUGUUGACAGUUCCUUUAAUAAAUUCAAGCAAACAGCUUUAGAGUUGAUUCAAAAGCCUUCUUUAGCUGUUCCGGCAAGUAAACAUUUAAUUCGGGUGGCAGAACUGGAACAAACUAUAGCAGAACAGGACAGCUCCCUUAAUUCUCUUCUCAGCAAAUUAAAGAAAACAUCAACUGAUUUGCAGAAGCAAAAGCAGAUAACUGCAGUAAAAAUCAAUGAGUUUGAUAACAUCAGGGCCCAGCUUGAGGAGAAGCAUCAGUGUAGAGUUAAAAAACUGCAAGAUGAAAUAGAAGACUUAAGGAGUUUAUUGUCAAAAAUGGGAAAAGAACUACUGAAUAUAAAAAGUGAAUUGGAGAUACAAAGACAAGCAAAUAACAGGUCUCCAACAACUACAAUGAAGAAUCUAGUGGAACGACUAAAGAAUCAGCUAGCUUUAAAAGAGAAGCAACAAAAAGCUUUGAGCAAGGCACUUCUGGAACUCCGAGCAGAAAUGACAGCAGCUGCAGAACAACAGAUCAUUUCUGUAGCAUCACAAAAGGAGGCACAUAUGAAUGUUCAGCAAAUUGUUGACAAGCACACAAAGGAAUUGAGGAGUCAGAUUGAAGAUUUGAAUGACCAAUUGUUGAAACUUAAAGAUGCUCUUAAAUUAAGCAAAAAUAAAGAGAAUUCUCUAUUAGAUGAUAUGGAUGAUUUAAAUCAAGAACUUCAGAAAAAAACGAAAGCCUACACUAAAGUUCUAAGGGAGAAAGAUGAUAUGGAAAAAGAUAAUGAAGAACUGAAAAAUCAGAAUAAAAGAUUAACCAGUUCAAUUCAGGGCAAGGCUGAUGAGCAAAUUCUAAUAGAUGAACUUCAAAGAAAAAUAAAAAGAAUGGAAACUGAGCUUGGAAAGAAGAGCGAUGAAUCAGAAAAAAAGAAUCCAAGAGAAGACAGGAUGUUGAAAAGCCCAAGGGAAGAAUUAAUUAAAUGGGAGGAAUGUAAAAAAUGGCAGACCAAAGCUGAUGGGAUGAGAAACAAGCUGAAAGAAAAAGAAAAGGAGAUAGAAUCCCUAAGCAAACAGCUUAACACAAUGAAGGAACUUUUUUCCAAGGCUGAAAAAGAAAAAAAUACUUUGCAGAAGAAACUCAAAAGCUGCAGUGUCACCGUUGAUCAUGUUAUGGGAGUCAGAGCAUCUGAAUCAGAGCGAGAAUUAGAAGAGCUUCGUAAACAAAAUAUGGAUCUGGAGAAUGAAGUUGUUCACCUGAAAACACAAUAUGCUGUCCCUCGGGAUGCUGUUGUAGAAGAUUUGCACUUAAAAAACAGAUAUCUACAAGAAAAACUACUAGUACUAGAGAAACAGCUUCCCCGAGACACAUGUUCAAGGCCAUCAACAUCAGGGAUAGGAUCAGAUGAUCAACAUCAAAAAGAACAAGAGCUUCAAAAGGAGAAUCUAAUAUUGUCAUCUGAAAAUAUGGAGUUACGAUUCCAGUUAGAACAAGCCAAUAAGGACUUGCCAAGAUUAAAGAAUCAAGUAGCUGAUUUAAAAGAAAUGUGUGAGCUCCUGAAGCGAGAAAAGGGAGAAGCUGAGCGGAAAUUAGGCAAUGUCAGAGGGGCUGGAAGGAGUGGGAAAACAAUUCCAGAAUUAGAAAAAACAAUUGGCUUGAUGAAAAAAGUUGUAGAGAGAGUCCAAAGAGAAAAUGAAGAGCUAAAAAGGGCCCCCGGAGUAGUCGCUAAUGAAAAAGUUGCCAGACUUGAGCAAGAAAAUGAGGACUUAAGGUCUGAAAUGGAAAAACUGAAACUUCACUUUGGAAGUGAACUAAGUGCACGAUAUGAAUUGAAGACUAAAGGCACAGAAAAAAUCAUUGCUGAAAAUGACAGAAUACGUAAAGAGCUGAAAAAGGAAGUAGAAAAUGCAGAAAAACUGCGAAUGGCAAAGAAUAACCUUGAAAUAAUAAAUGAGAAACUGAAUGUGGAAUUGGAAGAAACAACAAAGAAAUUAAACUUCGCAGAAAGCAGAAUCCCAAAACUUGAAGAUGCUGACACCAAGAAUUGGAAAUCCAUAGUUAUAACAAGGAUGUUUGAAAAUAAACUCAAAGAAAUGGAAUCUGAAAUUGCAAGAAAAAACCAAAUUAUUAGGGAUCUUAAACAGAAAUUACAAAAGCCAACUGAGAGUGCAGAUAAAAAUGAAAACUGUAUUGAAGACUAUCUUACAGAACAAGCUGAUGUCCUCAAAAGUGUUCCUGGGGGUACCAAAACAGAGCAAGAAUAUGUCAGAGAAAAUCAACUUCUCCGAUUACCUAAUGAUCAUUUGGAAAAGGAAAACGGAGAACUAAUUUACUUGAUGGAAUCUUCUCAAAAUCAAAGAAAACUUAAAGGAGAUGACCUUGCAGCUGAGAAGACUGUAAACUACAAACUAGUGGCAGAAGUAACAGGCCUCAAGACACAGCUUAAAUCUUCAGAUUUGGAACAGCAGCGACUUCAUGAAGAAAUCAGAAAACUUAAAAACGAAUUGGACCACUUUGAUCCAGCCUUUUUUGAGGAAAUCGAAGAUUUAAAAUAUAACUAUAAUGAAGAAGUUAAAAAGAACAUUGUUUUAGAAGAGAAAUUGAAAACACUUUCUGAAAAAUUUGGAGUUCAAAUAGACAUUCCAGGUAGAAUUUCUAUUGACUAAAUAAUACUUGAAGAAACAUUUCCAAGAAACUUGCCAAUACUGUGUAUUUAGAUAUAAAUGAAAUAUUUGACAUGGAAAAUGAAGACAAGCAUGCUGAGUGAGGUAUUUUCCCCACUUAUUUUAAAGUCAAUAAAAUGCAAGUUAUUUCUGCUGUAUGUAACUUUUACAGUUUCUUUCAAGUCUUAACAAAGUGCCUGCCUCAUUAAUCUGGUUUAUUACUUCCACUAGUUUAAAGACAAAAGUAAAAAAAGAUUAAAGGAAUUAUAAUAAUGUAAAAUUGCUAGUUUUUAAAUUGUGCUAAUUUAUUAAAAUAUUUAUUUUUCUAUGUUUGAAUAUAUGAAUUGUGACUAAAGCAAUAUACAACAUUCCUAAUUUAAAAUGUUUAAGACAAGUUAUAUUGAAUAAAAGUGUUACAAACUUCAAGAUCAUUUUUCAUUAGUUAGAUGAUCUUGAAUAAGAUAAAAUGCUACUUUGUUUUGACAGGAUUGGAGUUGUGCUUCAUUAUAUGUGUUCCAGAAAAUUAGAUGUUCUACGUCAGAUUUUAGGAGCCCAAAGGGGCCAUAGCAGAAUAAGUCACUGCAUUAGCAGAUAUCCGUUCAUGAUCCUAAUGUAAAUAAAGUUCUCCUACAAA